AUGUAUUACAGGAGAGCUUUGGUGCUGCAGAGCUAUCUAGAGAGCAGAUCACUGGGAGUGGACAAUUAUUCUCAAAACAAUUUCAUUACAAGUCAAGAUUUUGAAUCAUCCCGAGAAUCACGGGCACAGGCAGAUUUGAAGUUUACUUAUGUUGUAUCAUGCCAAAUUUAUGGUCAACAAAAGCAGCGAAAGGCACCAGAAGCUGCUGAUAUUGCUUUGUUGUUGCAGAGGUAUCAAAAUCGUGUGCUCAUUUACCAAGAACUCUUAGUGUCAAGACUGGCAGUCUGA